AUGGGGAUGGGCAGGAGGAAGCUGGCCCCACUCUGGGGCCUGGCGCUUGCCCUGGCCUGCGCCCGGCACACAGGCCAUGCCCAUGACGGCUCUUCCCAACGCAGCUAUGAGCACCACCCUGACCUCACUCCUGUGCCCUGGGGGUCCGAUGGUGACCCACUCCGCGGGGUGACGACCUUACUGCCCCUGAGGGCCGUCUCCGUGGUCCGAGCCCGGAACCCGGCGCACAGCGGGCGGGUGUGCAGCACCUGGGGCGACUUCCACUACAAGACCUUCGACGGGGACGUCUUCCGCUUCCCCGGCCUCUGCAAUUAUGUGUUCUCCGCGCACUGCGGCGCCGCCUACGAGGACUUCAACAUCCAGCUGCGCCGCGGCCAGGAGUCCAACGGCACCAACGUGACCCUGAGCCGGGUCACCAUGAAGCUCGACGGCCUGGUGGUCGAGCUGACCAAGAGCUCCGUCCUGGUCGACGGCCGCCCGGUCCGGCUGCCCUUCAGCCACUCCGGGGUCCUCAUCCAGCACAGCGGUGGCCACGUGAGGGUGGUGGCCAGGCUGGGCCUGGUCUUCACAUGGAACGAGGACGACAGCCUCCUGCUGGAGCUGGACGCCAAGUAUGCCAACCAGACCUGCGGGCUGUGUGGGGACUUCAACGGCCAGCCGGCGGUCGGCGAGUUCCUCUCCCGCAACACCAAGCUGACGCCCCUGGAGUUCGGGAACCUGCAGAAGUUGGACGGCCCCACGGAGCGGUGCCAGGACCCCACGCCUGCACCCCUGAACUGCUCAACCAGCUUCGGCAUCUGCGAGGAGCUGCUGGGCGGCCCGCUGUUCGCGGGCUGCACGGCCCUGGUGGACGUUGGCAGCUACGUGGACGCCUGCCGCCAGGACCUCUGCCUCUGCGCACGCGCCGACCCGCUCAGCUGCAUGUGCGACACCCUGGCGGAGUACUCGCGGCAGUGCGCUCACGCCGGGGGCCAGCCCCAGGACUGGCGGAGCCCUGACCUCUGCCCCCAGACGUGUUCCGACAACAUGCGGUACCACGAGUGCCGCUCGCCCUGCGAGGACACCUGCUCCAACCUGGAGCACUCCCGUGCCUGCGAGGACCACUGCGUCGCCGGCUGCUUCUGCCCCGAGGGGACGGUGCUCGACGACGUCGGGCAGGGCGGCUGCGUCCCCGCGUCCCAGUGCGCCUGCACGUACAACAGGGCCACCUACGCUCCAGGCGCCGUCUACACCACCGACUGCGCCAACUGCACCUGCUCCGGAGGCCGCUGGAGCUGCCGGGAGGUUCCGUGCCCGGGCACCUGCUCCGUGCUCGGCGGCGCCCACUUCUCCACAUUCGACGAGAAGCAGUACACGGUGCACGGGGACUGCAGCUACGUGCUGGCCAAGUCCUGCAACAGCACCGCCUUCACCGUGCUGGCCGAGCUGCGCAGGUGCGGGCUGACGGACAGCGAGACCUGCCUGAAGAGCGUGACGCUGAGCCUGGACGGGGCGCACACGGCGGUCGUGGUGACGGCCAGCGGGAAGGUGUUCGUGAACCAGAUCUACACGCAGCUGCCGGUCUCUGCAGCCAACGUCACCGUCUUCAGACCCUCCACCUUCUUCAUCAUCGCGCAGACCAGCCUGGGGCUGCAGCUGGAGAUACAGCUGGUGCCUGCCAUGCAGCUGUUCGUGCGGCUGGCGCCCGAGCUCCGCGGGCUGACCUGCGGCCUCUGCGGGAACUUCAACCAGAACCAGGCGGACGACUUCACGGCCCUCAGCGGGGUGGUGGAGGGCACGGCCGCGGCCUUCGCCAACACCUGGAAGACCCAGGCCGCCUGCCCCAACGUCAGGAACAGCUUCGAGGACCCCUGCUCCCUGAGCGUGGAGAACGAGAAGUACGCCCAGCACUGGUGCUCGCGGCUGACUGACACCCACGGCCCCUUCGCUCAGUGCCACGCUGCCGUGAGCCCGGACACCUACUACUCGAACUGCAUGUUCGACACGUGCAACUGCGAGAAGAGCGAGGACUGCAUGUGCGCCGCCCUGUCCUCCUACGUGCGCGCCUGCGCCGCCAAGGACGUGCUGCUCCGCGGCUGGAGGGACGGCGUCUGUGCGAAGCCCACGACCACCUGCCCCGAGUCCAUGGCCUACCACUACCACGUCAGCACCUGCCAGCCCACCUGCCGUGCUCUGAGCGAGGGGGACGUCACCUGCCACGUCCCCUUCGUGCCCGUGGACGGCUGCACCUGCGCCGAGGGCACCUUCCUGGACGACGCGGGCAAGUGUGUGCCGGCCGCCAGCUGUCCCUGCUACCACAGGGGCUCCGUGGUCCCCAGCGGGGAGUCGGUGCACGACAGCGGGGCUGUCUGCACGUGCACGCGGGGGACGCUGAGCUGCAUCGGGGGCUCCGCCCCCACGCCAGUGUGCGCCGAGCCCAUGGUCUACUUUGACUGCCGCAACGCCACGCCUGGGGCCGCUGGGGCCGGCUGCCAGAAGAGCUGCGACACCCUGGACAUGGCCUGCUAUAGCCCCCAGUGCGUGCCCGGCUGCGUGUGCCCCGACGGGCUGGUGGCGGACGGCGAGGGCGGCUGCAUUGCGGUGGAGGACUGCCCCUGCGUGCACAACGAGGCCAGCUACCAGGCCGGCCAGACCAUCCGCGUGGGCUGCAACAACUGCACCUGCGACAAAAGGCUGUGGCGGUGCACGGACGACCCCUGCCUGGCCACCUGCACCGUGUACGGGGACGGCCACUACCUCACGUUCGAUGGGCAGCGCUACAGUUUCAGCGGCGACUGCGAGUACACGCUGGUGCAGGGCAGGGUCUGCGGCCUGUGCGGGAACUUCGACGACAACGCCAUCAACGACUUCACCACGCGGAGCCAGUCCGUGGCGGGAAACGCCCUGGAGUUCGGGAACAGCUGGAAGUUCUCCCCGAACUGCCCGGACGCUCCGGCGCCCAAGGACCCCUGCACCGCCAACCCGUACCGCAAGUCCUGGGCGCAGAAGCAGUGCAGCAUCAUCAACGGCGCCACCUUCGCCGCCUGCCAUGCCCACGUGGAGCCGGACAAGUACUACGAGGCCUGUGUGAGCGACGCGUGCGCCUGCGACUCGGGGGGCGACUGCGAGUGUUUCUGCACGGCCGUGGCCGCCUACGCCCAGGCCUGCCACCAAGUGGGCCUCUGCGUGUCCUGGAGGACCCCGGACGUCUGCCCGCUCUUCUGCGACUACUACAACCCCGAGGGGCUGUGCGAGUGGCACUACCAGCCCUGCGGGGCCCCCUGCAUGCGCACCUGCCGGAACCCGCGCGGAGACUGCCCGCACGACGUCCGCGGCCUCGAAGGCUGCUACCCGAGCUGCCCGGCGGAGGCUCCCAUCUUUGACGAGGACGAGAUGCAGUGUGUGGCCGAGUGCCCGGCCCCGCCCCAGCCACCACCCUGCCGCGUCCACGGGAAGUCGUACGAGCCCGGAGCGCCAGUGCCCUCAGACAAGAACUGCCACUCCUGCGUCUGCAGCGCGAGCGGCGUGCAGUGCAGCUACAACGCCAGUGCCUGCAUCUGCACCUACGACAGGCGGCACUUCCGUCCCGGCGACAUCAUCUACCACACAACGGACGGCAUGGGCGGGUGCAUCUCCGCCCACUGCGGGGCCAACGGCACCAUCGACAGGAGGGUCUAUGGCUGCAGCUCCAGCAGCGCCCCGCCCCCGACCACCUUCUCCUUCUCCACGCUCCCACGGGUCGUGAGCUCAACGCCAACCGCCAGCACCAGCCCCAGUCCUGCCCCGAGCACGGCGCACGCUGGUCCCCUGAGCAGUACCCAGUCCAUAGCCACGGGCACAUCAUCCAGGAUGGCACCUUCCUCAGCCUCUGUGCCACCCCACCAUCGCUGCGGGGAGGAGUGCCUGUGGUCACCGUGGCUGGACGUCAGCCGUCCUGGACGGGGCAUCGACAGCGGAGACUUCGACACGCUGGACAACCUCCGCGCCCAUGGGCACCAGGUGUGCCGAGCGCCCAGGGAGGUGCAGUGCCGGGCGGAGGACGCCCCCGAGGUGCCGCUGCACGUCCUGGGGCAGCGGGUGGACUGCAGCCUGGCGCGGGGGCUGACCUGUCACAACAGGGACCAGGCAUCCGGGCUCUGUGACAACUACCAGAUCAGGGUCUUGUGCUGCACGCCCCUGGCCUGCCCCACCUCCCACGGCCCCACCCAGACCACACCCCCGGCGGCCUCCAGGACAGCUGCAACCCAGGCCCCGGGCUCCCCUGCCCCCAGCAACACAACCGGCCCGGCCACGCUCUCCACGGCUGCCACAGCAGCGACCACAGCCAGCUCCAUGCCUGCCCCGGGCACCAGCACACCCUCGAGAACAGCCGUCCUGACCUCCAGCCUGACACCGGGGCUCACAGCCCUAACAACACCUUCUGGGUCACCCGUGGUCCCUGGGACCUCAGGGGCCACGAGUGAGCCGCCCUCCCCUGAGCCCAGCAAGGCCUGCCAUCGGGAGGUCUGCAGCUGGACCCAGUGGAUUGACGGCAGCUACCCUGGCCCCGGACGCAACAGUGGAGAUUUUGACACUUUCCAGAAUUUGAGAAAAAAAGGAUACAAAUUCUGCGACAGGCCCAGGAGCGUGGAGUGCAGGGCGGAGAGCUUCCCGGACACGCCCCUGGCGGAGCUCGGCCAGAACGUGACCUGCAACGCCAGGGAGGGGCUGCUCUGCCUGAACAAAGACCAGCUGCCACCCAUCUGCUACAACUACGAGAUCCGCAUCCAGUGCUGCCGGCUGGAGGACGUGUGCACCCACGGGACCACCGUGCCCGGGACCUCGGCCACUGCAUGGGCCACGUCACGUGAAACCAGUGCCCAAACGCAGACAACGGUGUCAACAGCAGUCCCCUCGACCCCCACAGAGCACACGGCAGUGAGCUCCGCAAUGGUGCCCACGCCAGCCAGGACCAGGCACAGCACCCACGCGGUGACUGCACCCGUGACCAGGGACUGCCAGCCCCGGUGCGCGUGGACCAAGUGGUUCGACGUGGACUAUCCGGCCCCCGGGCCCCACGGUGGAGACGUCGAAACCUACAACCACAUCAUCAGCAGAGGGGAGAGGAUCUGCCACCGGCCCGAGGACAUCGCCAAGCUCGAGUGCCGUGCAGAGAACCAUCCCGACGUGGGCCUCGAGAGCCUGGGCCAGGUGGUGCAGUGCAGCCGCGACGUGGGCCUGGUGUGCAGGAACCGGGACCAAGCGGGAGCCCACAAGCUGUGCCUCAACUACCAGGUGCGCGUGCUGUGCUGCCGGACGCCUGACGGCUGCCCCCUGACCACCGUCCCUGUCACAGUGCUCAGCACUCCAAGUGACCGGCUGUAUCCCGCAGGAUCCGUCAUCUACCGCCAGACGGACCUCGCGGGCCACUGCUACUACGCCCUGUGCAGCUGGGACUGCCAGGUGGUCAGAGGGGCUGACAGUGCCUGUCCCUCCACCACGCCGCCCCCUUCCCCGAAAGGGGAGACCUGGGCUAUGGCCAACUGCUCCCAGGCCACCUGCGAGGGGAACAACGUCAUCUCCCUGCGCCCGCGCCAGUGCCCGAAGGUGGAGGAGCCCACCUGCGCCAACGGCUACCCGGCCCUGAAGGUGGCUGACCGGGACGGCUGCUGCACGCACUACCAGUGCCAGUGUGUGUGCAGCGGCUGGGGAGACCCGCACUACAUCACCUUCGACGGCACCUACUACACGUUCCUGGACAACUGCACGUAUGUGCUGGUGCAGCAGAUCAAGCCGGUGCACGGCCACUUCCGCGUGCUCAUCGACAACUACUUCUGCGACGCGGAGGACGGGCUCUCCUGCCCCAAGUCCAUCAUCGUUGAGCACGGGCGGGACCGUGUGGUGCUGACGCGCACGCCCGUCGACGGGGUGCCGACCAACAAGAUCAUCUUCAACAACGAGGUGGUGAGCCCCGGCUUCCAGAAGAACGGCAUCGUGGUCUCCCGGGUCGGCAUAAAGAUGUAUGUGACCAUCCCCGAGAUCGGCCUGCAGGUCAUGUUCAGCGGUCUCAUCUUCUCCGUGGAGGUGCCGUUCAGCAAGUUCGCCAACAACACCGAGGGGCAGUGCGGCACCUGCACCAAUGACCAGAAGGACGACUGCCGCUUGCCCGGGGGGGCUGUGGCCACCUCCUGCUCUAAGAUGUCCGGCCUCUGGAACGUGACCGACCCGGACCAGCCGUCCUGCCACGGGCCUCGCCAGGCGCCCACCACCGUGGGGCCCACCACCGUGGGGCCCACAUCCCCGUCUGCCGUGUGCCCGGUGUCCCCAAUCUGCCAGCUGAUUCUGAGCAAGGUCUUCGAGCCGUGCCACGCCGUGAUCCCCCCGUGGCAGUUCUACGAGGGCUGCGCCUUCGACCACUGCCACAUGACGGACCCGGAGGUGGUGUGCUCCGGCCUGGAGCUGUACGCGUCGCUGUGCGCGUCCUACGGCGUGUGCAUUGACUGGAGGAGCCAGACCAACCACACGUGCUCACUCACCUGCCCGGACGACCAGGUGUACCAGCCCUGUGGCCCGGCCGACCCCACCUACUGCCACGGGAACAACAACGCCAGCCUCGUGGUCCUGCCGGUCGCUGGGGCCAUCACGGAAGGCUGCUUCUGUCCCAAGGACAUGAUGUUCUUCAGCGCCAGCACCCAGGCCUGUGUGCCCGUGGGCUGCCCCAGGUGCCUGGGGCCCCGCGGAGAGGCCAUGGAGCCUGGCCAAACAGUCAGCGUCGACUGCCAGGAGUGCACCUGUGACGGGGCCGCCUGGACUGUGACCUGCCGGACGAAGCCCUGUCCACCGCCCCCCGCCUGCCCCCUGCCCGGCCUGGUGCCUGUGCCUGCGGCCCCUGGGGCCGGCCAGUGCUGCCCUCAGUACAGCUGCGCCUGCAACGCCAGCCACUGCCCCGGGCCCAUGGAGUGUCCCCACGGCUCCCGCUGGGUCCUGACCCACGAGGAGGGGGCCUGCUGCCCAACCCAGAACUGCAACUGGACGGUUUGCAGCGUCAACGGGACUCUGUACCAGCCCGGUGCGGUGGUGUCCUCCAAACUGUGCGAAACCUGCAGGUGUGAGGUGGCCGGUGGCCCCCAGGCAGACACGCCUGUGGUUCUCUGUGAGACCCAGAUCUGCGACACCCACUGCCCCACGGGCUUCGAGUACCAGGCACGGAGCGGGCAGUGCUGUGGCACCUGCGUGCAGGUGGCCUGCGUCACCAACACCAGUGGCAGCACCACCCACCUCUUCUAUCCUGGGGAGACCUGGUCAGACCCCGGGAACCGCUGCGUGACCCACGAGUGUGAGAGGAGCCAGGACGGGCUGGUGGUGGUGACCACACGGAAGGCGUGUCCCCGCCUCAGCUGUGCUCUGCACCAGGCCCAGCUGGGCGAGGACGGCUGCUGCCUCUUCUGUCCCCCACCCCUGCCCGGGUCGACCUGCGCAGUGCACCACGAGCAGCAGCUCAUCCAGCAGCACAAUUGCAGCUCCGCGGAGCCGGUGCGCCUGGCCUACUGCCAGGGCAACUGUGGGGACACCGCCUCCCUGUGCCCGCUCGUGUGUCUGCCCCCACCCCGCGUCAGCCCCAGAGGGAGUCCUCGCACCCUCGUGCAUGAGAGCCGGUGUCACGCGCUGGCCUCCGGCAGAGGGGGUGGGGACAAGGCCACGGAGCCCGCGUGGUGCCCGGCGCUGAGCGGCCCUGCCCACAGGUACUCGCUGGAGGCCAACGCGCUGCAGCACAAGUGCAGGUGCUGCCAGGAGCUGCGCACCUCGCUGAGGAACGUGACCCUGCACUGCGCCGACGGCUCCCGCCGGGCCUUCAGCUACACCGUGGUGGAGGAGUGCGGCUGCGUGGGCCAGCACUGCCCCUCGCCAGGUGACACCAGCCACUCGGGGGAGCACGAGCGGAGCGAGGAGGAACACAGCCAGGAGACAGGCGGCCGGAGCCGGCGAGCAGGGGCCCAGGCGCCCCCUGCCCACUGA